CAUCUUGUUUAAAAUCUCAGUAAGUCAUUGAGUCAGCAAGUGAAGAUCAAAGACCUUAUUCUGAGAAAUGCAGUAAAAAAAACUAGCAGAAAACUGGGAAAAGAAAAAAGGAAAGCUGUUUUUAAAAAGUAUUUGUAUAUAUUCAGUAGGAACAUAUAAAGAGUGGUCAUAGAACGAACUGACCACUGACAAAAGCUUGAUAACAUGCAGUAGUUACAGUAAAGGACUCUGAUUACUUGGCCAAUUUCUGUUCUCAGUUUUACAAGUGCAGAAUGCAUGCUAUGAAUGCAUGACAUUGCAAACUACCUAACAAAAUCAUGCUCUCCCUAUGAAUACUAAUAAAAAGCUGUGGUGCUAAGUUCCACCAAAAAAUCAGUGGCCAUGCAAUUUGCCAUGCAUUUUAUUGGGAGAAAUUGGGAGCAAAAUAAGUUGCUCUAAAAUAAAGGUUUUGUAGCAAGACAAAAUUUUCUUAAUCAGAUAGUUGUGUGUUAGGUCCUCUCUUGCCAUGCCUCUGGAUCAGAAGGCUUUUGCAGUCUUGGGACUAAGAGUUUCUGUGAUCAGGCUCAGUCCUAUGUUAACGUGUAUAAAUGGCUUUGGGAACAGAUUUUGUUUCAUGUCUUGCCAAGAGUACGGGCAAGCCAAGAUAAUUUUUCACCACUUGUAUCCAGGUGUGCAGGAAGCCCACAGGAGUUUCUGUUCCAGUAAAACACCAUCCUACUCAGAGAGCAUCCAGAAUCAUUCACAUGAUUCAAAUUUUGUUUUGUUUACAGUUACAAAGAGAUCUAUUUUAGCAUCCAGGAAUGGGGAAAUAAGAAGGGUAACAGAAUGUAAAGGGAACACUCCAAAGACAAGCACACCCAAAAUAUUACCACAUUCUUUGUCAACUGCAAUAAAAUGUCAUAGCAGUGCCCUUCAGUAUUCCCUGAAGCUGCAGUACACUGCUCAGUAAAAUAUUUAAUAAUUAUCAUACUUAGUUUUAAAAAGGCUAGAAUAACAUCAAGUGAAAGCCCAAACAGUGAGAGCAACUCAAAUAGGAAAGAGCUCUGAAAUCACAGGAUAUGAUCCAGAGAGUAUUUUUAUUCCAAAGGCAUUAGUGUGUUGCUCAAACUGAUUAAAGUAUCAUCUUCCUGCCGCUGACUUCCUAUAAACCGCAAAUAGCAGAAGUUCUGCCUGAUGUGUUGGGUUACAAUACCAUAUAAACCCAAUUAUAGAACCUUGAAAUCAAUACAGAGCUGUACAGAAUUGUGCUGUCCAAUAAGAAUGAUAUUUCCAAGUCCCAUAAGCACUAGCUCUUAAUACAGCAAUAGAGAGAGAUAGGAAUAAUAAAUACCCUUGAGCUUGAUUCCACUGUUAACUGACUUGCACUUGCAGAGUUGCAAAUGAAAGUUUUCUCUCCUUCACAAACUGCUUGUGUCAAAGCAUUGUCUUUCCAUAUCUUCUUCAUCUGACUUCUAAGAGUGUUACCUACAGCUUACCUGCACAGAACAUACACUGGCUCUAAAUAGUAGCCUUGCAACUAAGGAUGCAUGCUAGGGUGAUACAGCUUUUAUACCUUAAAAUUACUCCUAUCCUGAAGACUGAAAUUGCACUGAAUUAAAACUGUGGUCUUAUGUAAGAAAAUAUGCUGUCCUUUGGAGGACAGGGGAAAAUGUCAAAAACUGUGUCAAUCUUUUUUCAGUGAAAUUCAUAGCAGUACUAGCAGUAGUCUGUGUCUGUAAGGCUGUGUAUCAACCAGACUUUGUGACUGGGAUACUCGCCUUAUGUGGGGUGCAGAUCAUGAGAAGCAUUCCAAAGGGGAAGGAUUUACUUUUCACUAAGUUCAGUAGAUGCAGAGGAGCUCUAGUCCCUUAAUCAAUUAGGUCUAAUGAAUAACCUUCACUGUGCUCCUGUUGAGCAAGUCAUGGAGCUUGAAAUAAUCUCAUAAACAGACUCCAGGGUCUGAAAUUGUGUGGACUAGGAUAAAUACAACCUGAAUAGGAUUGUGUAAAACAUUUGGUCUGUGACAUAGCUGUUGAAACCAUUAUCGUUUAGCAAUUACAUCACCAUAAAGCUGUCAACUGCUCAGUGUUUACUGGUAGCCUUCCAGAUUCUGGAAGCCCGUGCCAAAUACUCAUCUUGCUCCUUUUGCCUCCGCAACUAAAAGACCUUUGUGUUGAGAGACUGUUUUUAUGCAGUUGUUCAGGAGUGAACUGCCCAAAGAGACUUUUUGAAGAGACAGUGAAAAAAAUAGGGAAGAGCAAGGAUCAGAAUGGUUGAGCUAGGAUUUUCAUAUCUAUUCCCACAGAAUCUUUCCUUCAAGCCCAUCCUGGUUUCCUACACAUUGACUUGAGGAAAUAGUGAGAUGAAUUCUUCACAGCUCUGUUCUCUGUGGGAAAACACUUUCAACUGUUUUUAUUUUCCUCAGGCAUUCUGACAAGAUUAAAGAGGAAAAAAGUGCAGAAGAGAAACAGAGAGGUGAAGGAAGAGACUGCUGCUUAGUGAAUUAAUGGUGGCCCACAGGAUAAUUCCUCUUCCUGCUUAGAAUUCAUUUAGCUUUAAUGGUUGUUAAGUGGGAUUUGUAUAAUAUGUUGUGUCUUUCAAAGCAAUUCAUUUACACAAGCUUAGACAUUUCAGAAAGAACCAUUACAGACUUAGCUGUCUCUUCUGUUUAGCUGUUUCAAGAGAAAGUAAGCAGAAAAUCAGCAAUAGGAUUUGAAGGGGACCUAUCACUUGAAGUAGUCUGGGCUGGGAUAUGUAUAGGUUCCAAAAUUUGAGGAUAGCUUGUAUGUCUACAGGGUCAAGGAUAGAUGAAGUCUUUACUUUGCAGUGCUUGAUGUCAUUUUUUAUAGGACUAAUGGAGACAGAAAUUACAGUCUUGCAGCUAAAAUUGUGCAUAAAACCUCUCCUAGUUGACUUUAAAGUCAGUAAAUGGACUAUAUAUUUCUGGUAGUUUCAGUAGGUAAUAUAAUUAUUCCUAUGAGACUAGGACUAGGAUUUGCUUCUUCCAACUUAUUAAGAGUGCUAGGAGAGCAGGACCUCAAUCAUAAACCUAUACAGUUUAAUGGAACAAUUUUAUUGUUUUUAAUGUGUCUUACUUCAGUGCACUGCAGGCAGCAUUACAGUAAUUUCCAAAGGGAACAUUGGAAUGUAGUGCAGAUACAAAGAGUCAAUUUAUUUGGUACAGAAAAACAUAUCUUCCUCUUUCCUGGGUGUGUGAGAGUCAAUUUAGAAAUUAUCACUUAUUUAUGCAAAUAUCUCAAAAAUUAAAAGAAUAUUUAAGAUUCUUUGGCUUUAAGAUUCCAUUUAUGGAAUCACAGCAAAUAUCUUGAGGUUGGAAGGAAUCUCUGAAGAUUGUCUAGGCUGACCUCUGCUCUUGAAUCAGUCAGCUAGAGCAGCUUGCUCAGUGUUCAGUCAGGUUUGGAACACCUCCAAAGAUACUCAGUAUCUGAAGAUACUCAAGAACUAUACAACAUAGCUGGGCAACCUGUUCCUGUGUUUGACUACCCUUACAGUAAAAAAUGAGGGGGAUUAUGUUUAAACAGAAUUUUCUGGAAUUGAUUUUAUGCCUCUUACACAACUGAGAAUAGGCUGAUGUUGUUUUCCUUAUUCAGACAUUCAUACCCAUCAACAAGGUUCUUCCUGAACCUUCUUUUUUAAGGCUAAACAAUCCCAGAUCUCUCAGCCUCUCCUCAUAUGAAAGGUGCUCCAGUCCCUUCAUGAUCUUAGUGGCCCUUUGCUGGACUUACUCCAGCAUGUCCAUAUAAUUCUUGUGCUGGGGAGUCCUGAACCGAAUACAUAUCCCAGAUAUGAUCUUGCUGGUGUGUAAUACAGGUAAUAAUUUCCUUGACCUGGGAACACUUUUCUUAGUGCAGUCAGAAAUGCUGUUGGACUUAUUUGCUGCAAGGGCAUGUUGCUGACUCAUCUUCAACCUUUGCUUUAUGACUCCUACGUCCCUUUUUUUUCUUUUGCAAAGCUGCUUUCCAGCUUUGGUACAUGAGGUUAUUCUUUCCCAUGUACAGGAUGUUCUAUUUAUCUCAACAGGUGUAUCAAUCAGUCCUCUCAGUUUUAUAUCAUCUGCAAAAUUGCUGAGGGUGCACUCUGUUCAACUGCCCAACUCAUUAUUGAAAAUGUUAGCUUGUGCUGCACAACAGAUGGGUGGCAUCAUUCAUCAUUUUCAGCCAUUGCUGUGAAGAAUGAUAGAUAACAAUAGCAAAGGUUUUCCACAGAAAAGAGUAUUUUAGCAAAUCUGUUGUCUAUUUUACUGGCAAACGUGUCUUGUGCAGUGACAGAAUUCUCUUGCAAACAGUCUUAUUUAUAAGAGGAUGUUCCUUUCAGAAAAAACAAACAAACAAACAAACAAACAAACAAGCAAACCCAAAAACCCACGAACAAAACCUGGUGGGUGCAGGACAAAGAAACUGUGGUGAAGAACUGACUUUGCAGAAAACUAGGACUCAGCAACAACUCUUCCAGGCACUGAUGUCCUAUGCCUACUUAUGUAUUUACAUCAAAAAGGUAUGAAAAAUAACUAAUUGCUUGCUCAAAAUGAACCUCUCUGCAAGAGCUUCAUUGCAUAAGAUCUCCCAGACAAGACAGGACCCUUGCUGGGGAAGCCUGGCUGACUCCAGACUCUGUGAUAUUGGUAAUCUUUAAAGUGAGACUUCUAUUCUUGAUUAGCCUCACUUCUGAGAGAAUUUUCUUGAGUGUCAUACUAGUAACAUAUCACAUAAUAUAUAGUAAGUAAAAAGCAAUUGUCUGAGUUUUAAUUCAUAGUCCUUAGAAAGUUAAUAAAACAUUUUGAGGGGGAAAGGAAAUAGUGAAAAGGCCUCACAAAACCAGAAUUGUUUUCUGGAUUAAUUAAAAGUUUAGGAAAUUUGUCCUGCUGGAAGUCUUCCUAACCUCUCUGCAGAUUUACACACUAUAAUAAAUUAUCAGCUGCAUCUGAAGAGUCCUCUCUAUCUCUACAACUGUAAAAUGACAUGUUACAGCUUUGCUGGAACUGAGACACCAAUGUUAAGUGCAAGGUCCACAAAACCCUUGAAGUUUCACCUUUAAAUUGUAUUGAAACCCAGAACAUUUCAAUACCACAUUCAUUUGCUGGUCUAAAGCAAGACAACUGGCUAACGAGGAGGGAUCAGUCACAGGCAUAAGAAGAGGCUGUGUGAGCACCAUGACAACUAAAGUGCCAAGCUAGUGACCCAGAGAUAUGGUGGGGGAUGAAAAGGGGUGGGGACUAUAUGGUCUUUAAGGUCCAUUCUAAUCCCUUAAUAUUCUAUGAUUAUGUGAUUCUAUAAUGCUAUGAUUCUAUGUUGUGUUUCAGUGGAAUUGAUCUAGUCCUUGAUUUCAGUGAGGAACCAUAUUUCCAGGCCAUCAUUUUUUGAAAGCUCUAGUUUUCACUUGCCCUAAGUGAGCUGGUGGCUUACCUACACUUUCCUUCAGAGAUAGAUGUACCCCUGAAGCAUCUGCAGGGAAAAUGCACAUAUGCUCCUCCCAUUCAGACGCUGGUGCAUCCAACAGGAUGUAUUUUUAAAUAAAUGCAAUACGUUUCAAGGAAAUCUCCUGGACAUGGUGCUUGAUGUACAUUUCAUGGAAUGAUUUAGUUUUGUGUGUGAGCAAGAGUAAUAACAGGCUCAAGUAAAGUUUUUGACUCUUAUCGUGUUGACUAAUGAAAAUGAUUGCACAAGUACCAAAGAAUUGUGACUUGGACCUGCCCAUUCUCUCAUGCAUUCCAAACACCAAUGUUAUUGGUCAACAAGCACACACUACAGAAAGAAUCUAGUAUGCUAAGAUGCCACAAUUAUUAUUUUUAGAUAAAAAACUUAACUCUGUUCCAGGGCACCGGCACUCUACAAUGACUUAAAUUUCUGGGGAAAAUGCAAAAUUAUUCUUAUCCUGCUUCCUAGGCUAGGAAAAAUAGUUAAAUUUCUUUUGCACCAUGUAAAACUAGUGAAAAAAUUAUCUGGUCUUCAAUAAUUAAGGGCAAGAUGGAUCAUAGACUAUUUGUCAUUGCUAGGUCAAUAGUACAUGUACUGCGUCAUUAGCAAAAAGCUUUUUUAUCCAUUUUCUGCUUGACCUGUGUUACUGACUUUGAUGACUAACCCCUUCUGCUCCUUUUGGAGAGCUGACUAUUGUAAAGGGCUGAAUAAAGUCCAGUUUUGUUCACACCUUCCCCUCCAUGCAAAAGUAGUGUUAUAUACCUGAGAAUUUCCAGCAAAUGGCCAACGAGUUGAUUAGUGUCCAAGAUGAUUAGGUGGUACAUGACAUACAAGAAAAAAACAAGAGACCUGUUUUUAUUUGACUUGGAGAGAAGAAAGCUAAGGGCAGGUAGCAGCAGAGGAGGUAUAAUUCCAACCUUUCACUAGCAAAAAAGGCAGGUGUAGGGAAAUGGAGACAUAAUGACAAGAUGGAAUGGUUAUGAGUUGCAGAAAUAAAAGGAAAAGAAUUUGCCCUUGAGGGUCCUACUGUGUUAGAACAGAAGGUGCCCAGAAAGACUGUAGAAUCUCCCUCCUUGGAGGUUUCCAAUUCUCUACUGGGAAGUCCCUAAGGACCUCUUCUAGGUUAUAAACUGGUGUUGCUUUAAGUUGGAGGUUGGACCACAGACCCCCACCCCCUGGAUCUUCCUUCAGGCAAAAAGUACUCAGUGGUUCUAUGAAAUAAUCUCUUGAUUGUCAAGAGCACAAAGUAUAUAGACACACUGGAUAUGGAACUUCAGUACUACUUUUUGCUAUAAAGAUCCCACUGUAUUUCUUUCAUGCUGGGUAAAAAGUGAAAAUAACUAAUGUAAAGUGUCCCUGUCUUAAGAUCUCCAGAAUGUAUAGCUAAGACACAGAAAAAAGGCAGGAACACAAACAGAUAGAAGGGUGAUGUUAUUUACUCAAGGAUCAGUGGAAUAGUACAAGAUUACUGUCAGAGGCAGAGUUAGGACCUAUACCACUGGGCAAUAUACUAGGGAAAAAAACGAUUUUCUUUAUGCUGUUAAAAUGCUACACUCUCAUAAUUAUACUGAAAAAUACAAGUUUUCCAAUGGAGUAAUUUGCCAAUGACCUGAUACAGAAAUUCCUAUACAGUCAUUAACAACUAUAGUUACAAUUAUUGGGCUUGCCAAUAACAUUUUCAUUAGGAUGUCUUGGAAAUGUGGAAGAAGGGAAGGAGAAAAUGGUGGAAGAGGUGGCAGAAGCAAGGAGUGGCAGCAGGCAGCAGAAGAAGGCCAUGGAGGAGCAGAAGGAGGAGGCAAUGGAGAAGGUGACAAAAGAAGUUGCAAAGGGCUGCAGCAGAAGCGAAGAAGGAGGAGGUGACAAAGGAAGUGAUGUAAGAAAAGAGGCCGAAGAAGGUGGUGGAAGAGAAGAAGAUGAUGGAUGAGAUGACAGAGUAGGUGAUGGAAGAAGCUGGAAGAAAAAAGGUGAUGAAUUAAGGAAGGUGGAGGGAGUGGAAGGUGGCAAAGGCCAAAGGUGGAGGAAUACAGUCGCUAAAGAAUGAAAGUCAUGGAAGGGUGUGGUGGUGAAAUGCAGUGGUAAAGGCAGUGAGACAGAAGGCAGCUUUGGCAUAUGGAGGCAGUGGCUGAUUAAUUCAGCAGUGGAAGGUGGCAGCAGUGGGAGGUGGCAGAAGGCAGCAACAGGAGGCAGUGAUGGAAUGUGACAGCAGACUGCAUUGACAGGAGGUGGUGGCAGCAGAAAGCAGUGGAAGAAGACAGCAGAGACAGGCGGUGCACGAAGGCAGCAGUGGUGGAAGGAAAAAUGGUGGUGGAAGAAGACAGAACAAGGUGGAGGUGGCAGAAGGAAGGCAUUUGCAUUGGAAGGUGGCUGUGGCAGAUGAAGGCAACAGAAGCAGGCAGAAAAAUAGAAGGAGGAGGCAAUGGAGGAGGGAACAAAAAAAGGCAGAGGAAGAAAGCCACAGAAUAAAGGAGGAGGAAAUGGAGGAGGCAAAGAAAAAGUGUUGGAAGAAGAGAAGGAGAAGGCUACAGACAAGGCAAUUAAGGAAGGUGGCAGAAGACAUUGGAAGAAGAGAAAAAAGAGGCUAUGGAAGAAGACAGUGAAGGAAGGGUAGGAGGAGGCUGUGGAAGUAAACAAGGAAGAAAGAACUGAGGAGGCAAUGGAAGACAAUGGUGAUGAAGGCAAUGGAAGGAGAAGCAAGAGACAACAGAGGAGGUGAAGGAAAAAGGUGACAGAAGAAGUGAAGGAGGCAGCAAUGGAGGUGGUGGAAAAGGCAGUGAAGGAAGAGAGGGCAGAGGUAAGAGAAUGCAGCAGAAGUGUGUGAUGAAAAAAGAAAAGGAGGCAAUAGAAGAAGGUGCUAGAAUUAGGAAAGAAGGAAGUGAUGAAGAAUGUGAUGAAGUAAGUGAUGGAAGAAGAUACCAGAAAAAGCUGGUGGAAGAAAAGGAGGACAUGAUGGUGCAGGUGACAGAAGAAGAUGGCAAAGAAGGCAGAGGGAAUGGAGAAGGUGGUGGGAUAAGAUGUCAGAAGAAGGCAGCAAAAAAAGGGAAGGAAGACUUGAUGGAAAAAGGUGUUGGAAGAAGAGCAGGGGGCAAUGGAAGAAGGCAGCAUGAGGAGAAGGCCACAGAAGAAAGCAGAGGAUGAAAGUGGUAGAAGAAGGUGAUAUAAAAAGAAAAGGAGGAGGACACAGAAGAGGUAGAAUAGAAUGAGGCAGUGGAAGAAGGUGGCAGCAGAAAGGAAGGAGGAGGCAAUGAAAGAAAAUGUUGGAAGAUUAGGAGAAGAUGGAGGAGAUGGAGGAGGUGUCUGUCCUUAUUUUGGCUGGGAUAGAGUUAAUUUUCUUCUUAGUAGCUGGUGCAGCACUAUGUUUUUAAUAUGAGAAUAAUAUUGAUAACACACUGAUGUUUUGGUUGUUUUUAUGUAGCACUUACUCCAAGUCAAGGACUUUUCAGCUUUCCAUGCUCUACCAGCAAGGAGGUGAACAAGAAGCUGUGGGGGAACAUAGCUGGGACAACAGACGCUAACUGGCUAACAGAAUAUUCCACACCACAGAACGUCAUCCUUAGAAUAUAAACUGGGAGGAGUUGGACAGGGGACUAAUCCCUGCCCAGGGACAGGCUGAGCAUCGCUCAGCAGGUGAAAACCUUGGACUAGAGAUAAGGCCAUUACCAAAAACGUAUUUCUAGCAGCUCCGACUUCCAGUUGGCCUGCCUGGGCUUGAGGUUGAAUCAAGACCAUGAAGUGCCUGCUGCUUCUCGCCUUUAUUGGGGUGGCUGUUGCCUUCCCCACCUUUGCUGAAGAUGAUGAUGACAAGAUUGUGGGAGGCUACACCUGUGCAGAGAACUCUGUGCCCUAUCAGGUGUCCCUGAAUUCUGGGUAUCACUUCUGUGGAGGCUCCCUCAUCAGCAGCCAGUGGGUCGUGUCAGCUGCUCACUGCUACAAAUCUCGCAUCCAAGUGCAGCUCGGGAAACACAACCUGGCUCUCACAGAAUCCACACAGCAGUUUAUCAACUCUGCUAAAGUCAUCCGCAACCCUGGCUACAGUGCCUACACCCUGGACAAUGACAUCAUGCUCAUCAAGCUGGCCACCCCAGCCCAGCUCACCAAAGCUGUCCAGACAAUUCCUCUGCCAACCAGCUGCGUGGCCACCGGCACCACCUGCCUGAUCUCUGGCUGGGGCAACACUCUCAGCAGUGGCACUAACUACCCAGACACCUUGCAGUGCCUGAAGGCUCCGGUCCUCUCCGCCGCCGACUGCUCUGAUUCCUACCCUGGGCAAAUUACCAAGAACAUGAUGUGUGUAGGAUUCCUGGAGGGAGGAAAAGACUCCUGCCAGGGAGAUUCCGGCGGUCCCGUGGUCUGCAAUGGAGAGCUCCAGGGCAUUGUUUCCUGGGGUAUCGGAUGUGCCCAGAGGGGCUAUCCUGGAGUUUACACCAAGGUUUGCAACUACGUCUCCUGGAUCCAGUCCACCAUAGCUGCCAACUGAGACACUCCUUUGGUGUGACCUGUAUUUUCUCAUCAUCAUUUCUGCUCUUUUGGGUCUGGACAAGCAAAAAUUAUGAAAAACUAAUAAAGACUUUCAGGCACCCCUA